AAAUUGACAAUCUGAUUGUGCUGCGUAUAUUUUUCUAUUUAUUAAUUUGGCAACAUUCCCAUUGAGAAAUGCAGAAUCAUGGCAAGGGUGCCGAACACUUUUGGUUCAUGCAACUCACAGACCGGAAGAGUCUUCACACACAGAUUGGAUUGCUUGUGAAGAAGGCGCAGGAGACGGCUAGCGAGGAUCUGCAGGAUCGCUGCCGCCGACUGAAGACGCUGCUCGACGAGGAGGACAAGGGAUUUGAGCAGGAGUUUGCCAGCAAGGUGAGGAAUCGCCUCGACGAGAACAUCCGUUUGCGUCAGGAGCAACUGCACGAGAUCAAGGAGCAGCGCGAUCAGCGCCAUAAGAAGUUCGUCGACAUGAAGCGAGUGCAACAGUUAAUGGUAAAUUGCUAUGAGAUUCGCGAGGCGUUGCGCCAAAAGGAUUGCAACGAGACCAAACUGUGCCAGGAGCAACAGAUGCAGGAGAAUCUGCGCAAGAAGCGACGCGAAUGCGAAAGGGACAACUAUUGGCUGAAGCUGAACGAAAGGCGCUGGGCAGACUACGAUCGUCAGCAGAACUGUGAGAUGCACACACGCGAACAGGUACAGGAGCAGAUCUGUCAGGUGCUGCAAGUGCAGCUGGCCGAGCAUGAAGAGAAGCGACAGCAGGAGCGCGAGGAGAAGCGUCUCGAUACGAUCAAGGUAGACAAAUUGAUUGAGGAAUUGCGUCUGGAGGAAUUCGACGAAAAACAUCGGGCAGCCAACAAGGAUAAGGAGAAAUACCGUGACGAACUGCUCGAGGAUAUUAGACGGCACAAGUGUGAAAAGCUCGCCGAAUGGACGGCGGACAAGGCGGAACAUGAGGAAUUCAUGCGGGAAACACAACAUCUCGAGGCCGGGGCCAAGAAGCGCAUCUGGUGCACCAAGAGGGAGCUGUGCCGUGCCACACACGAGUACAUCGCCUAUGUGCGACGGAUGCGCAACCUGGAGCUGGGCAUCGAGAAGAUGAUGAACGAUCGCAUCGAUGAUCUCUACCACGUGGACACCUGUUGCAAGAACAACAUUGCCGAGCAGACACGCCUCAAGGGCCUGCAAGCGGCACGCUGCCAUGCACAGCUCAAGCAGCAGAUCUGUGAGGAAAUCGAACGCAAGAUGCGACUGGAGGCCGAGCACCGUGAGAAUGGAAUUAUCGAGAAUCGAUUUGUGCAUCCACCAGUCACACGGGAAAUGAUCCUCUGCAAGUACGCAAAAAAUCGCGCCGAUUUAGACACCCAAAUCGUUGAGAUGAAACGCAUUCGGGCCGAGGAGGAGAAGGCUUUCGAGCAGAAACUGCUGAAGGCCGUCGAUGAUCCAGAGAUUUGCAUUCAGUUAGCAGCCCAGUACAUGGAAAAUGGCACAGACUAUCUGCCAUCGCAUCCCAACUGGAAGAUCCAUGCCUGCCCCAAAAACAAGUAUGUGCCCAAGGCGCCCAUGGACCAGCAGCAAUUCGAUGCACUAAUUGCAAGUGCGGGCAUUGACAAGUGUCCAUGCCCAGCGGCUGCUCGCCACGAUUGCGCCCUUAUGAAUCAGGUGUGCCCCAAUGCACCACCGAAAGCACCAGCAAAGAAAUUAGAAACCGGAGCCGGGGACAGCGAACCUCAGACCCAUAAAGAUUCAUUCAAAAGCUGCUUGUGCAAGCCACAUUUUGCAUAAAAAAAAUUGUGUUUUAAGACUAGCUUUGAAUCAGAAAAAAAUACUUGUUUAUUGUUAGUAUUGUAUCUAAUUCCUAUAGAUAAUUAGUCUUAGCUACUGAUGUAUAUAAAAAAUUAUUUCAUCCAGCACUUCAAAAUAAUGUGCGUCAAAUACAAAAAUUAUGUGCUGCAAUUAUUUGUAACUGGUAGAAGGAAUUAAUGAUAAUAAAAUAAUAAGU